AUGAAAGCCGGACAAUGGGAUGGGAAACAGAAGAAGGUGGUGAUCAAUGACAUCCCUGUUCCAGUGCCUGGGGAGAACCAGUUCCUCGUCAAAAUCCACUCUGCUUCACUAUGCCACUCUGAUCUGAAUCUUGAACUCCGCCCCGAGGCUACCAUCACAAUGGGCCACGAGGGAGUUGGAUUCAUUGAAAAGAUACACCCCUCCGCGGAAGGCAAGGGCUUUGAGAUAGGCAACGCAAUCGGAUUCAACUAUUUCAACAACUGCUGCUACGAAUGCGAUGGCUGCAUGGUCCACAACAACUGGUGCGAGGUCAGCCAGCCCCAGCUCCAGGGCUUCCUGGCAGAUGGUUACUUCCAAGAGUAUGUCGUCGUCGACUACCACAAUGCCGUUGUACUUCCCAAAGAGCUGGAUAUGAAGCGCAGUGCCCCGUUGUUUUGCGCGGGAAUCACAGCCUUUCACGCUGUGGAUAGCUGCGAGCUGAAAGAGGGAGAGUGGCUCGCGGUGGUAGGCUGCGGAGGACUCGGCCAGUACGCCACACAGUACGCCAAAGCAAUGGGAUUCAAGGUCGUCGGCGUAGACAUCAACGACGAAGUGCUCCAGUCGGUCAAGGACCUUGGGGCAGACGCGGUGUUCAACUCCAUCAAAACGCCCAAUCUUGCCGAGGAAGUCAAGAAGCUCACCGGAAAGGGUUGCCACGCCGCUGCUGUCUUCUCUGGGGCGCCGGCUGCGUAUGCCUCUGCACCUCAGCUGCUGCGGAUCGGCGGCCUGCUCAUGGUGAUCGGUAUCUCUUCUCAGCCCAUCUCCGUGUCCACCUUUGACUUGACCACUGGUCGGUAUCGCAUCAAGGCCGACAGCACGAGCAUCCCGCAGCGGAUGGCCAAGGCUGUGGAGUUUACCGCCAAGCACAAUAUCCAACCGGCUGUUGAGUUUAGGACUCUUGAGGAACUUCCUCAAAUGGUAGCUGAUAUGCAAGGUGGGAAGGCAAAGUACCGUCAGGUCGUUGUAUUCUAG